AUGUCGGCACCCACUAUCCUUACUCACCCCCUCGUUCGAGAUGGAUGGUUCACCGAGGUCAACUCGCAGUGGCCUGGCCAGGGAAUGUCUCUACAGGUCUCUCGCAUUCUCCACCACGAGCAAUCCAAGUUUCAGGAUGUUCUCGUCUUUGAGUCGACGACGUACGGAAAUGUCCUUGUCCUCGACGGCGUCAUUCAAGCCACUGAGCGAGACGAGUUCUCGUACCAGGAGAUGAUUGCACACCUGCCCCUUGCCUCGCACCCUAACCCCGAGAGGGUCCUCGUCAUCGGUGGAGGUGAUGGCGGUGUCCUCCGUGAGGUUGUCAAGCACCCUUCGGUCAAGGAGGUCAUUCUCUGUGACAUCGACGAGGCUGUGCCCCGCGUGUCGGCCAAGUACCUUCCCAAGAUGGCUGCAGGGCUUCAUCACCCCAAGGUCAAGGUCAUCAUCGGCGACGGCUUCGAGUUCCUCCAGCGCGGCGAGAACCAGCAGGCCUUCGACACGAUCAUCACCGACUCGUCCGACCCUGUUGGACCGGCCGAGGCCCUUUUCCAACCUCCCUUCUUCAAGCUCCUCAAGAAUGCCCUGCGCGAGGGCGGCCACAUCUCGACUCAGGCCGAGUCAAUGUGGAUCCACCUCAAUCUCAUCCGCGAGAUCCGCCAGAGCGUCAACGACAUCUUCCCCGUCGCAGACUACGCAUUCACUACGAUCCCUACGUACCCUUGCGGCCAGAUCGGCUUCGUCGUUGCUUCCCUCAAGCCCAACGAAGACCUCCGCCAGCCCCUUCGUGAGGUGUCCGACUGCCGCUACUGGAGCCCCGCCGUCCACAAGGCUGCCUUCACCCUUCCUGAGUUCGCCCGCAAGGUCAUCGAGGACGGCGAGCAGGCGCCUCCCCGCGUCAUUGCCUCUGGUGACGGCGAGGUGGCCAAGCGCAACGCCAAGAAGGUCCUCCUCCUCGGAUCCGGCUACGUCGCUCGCCCCUUUGCCGAGUACAUCACCCGCUACCAGGAGUACUCGCUCACUGUCUCGUCGUCCAAGCAAGCCAACGCCGACAAGAUGGCUGAGGGCCUGCCUCGCACCAAGGCUCAGGCCGUCAACGUGCAAAACCCUCAGGAGCUUGAGGCCGCCGUCGCUGCGCACGACGUCGUAAUCUCGCUGGUGCCGUACAUCUACCACGUCGAUGUCAUCAAGGCUGCCAUGAAGAGCAAGACCAACGUCGUCACCACUUCGUAUGUCUCGGACGCCAUCCGCGAGCUCGAGCCCGAGAUCAAGAAGUCUGGUAUCACCGUGGUCAACGAGAUCGGCCUCGACCCCGGACUCGACCACCUCUACGCCGUCAAGGCGAUCCAUGACAUCCACGCCGACGGAGGCAAGAUUACCUCUUUCACCUCAUACUGCGGUGGUCUCCCUGCACCCGAGGCCGCCAACAACCCGCUUGGCUACAAGUUCUCGUGGUCUUCUCGCGGUGUGCUGCUCGCUCUGCGCAACACGGGCGUUUUCUGGGAGGACGGCGAGAAGAAGACAGUUGCUGGUAUUGACCUGAUGCAGAGCGCUAAGCCGCUCAACACGGGCAACCCGGCCUUCAACUUCGUCUGCUACCCCAACCGCGACUCGAGCCCUUACCGCGAGUGGUACGGCAUCCCGGAGGCGCAGACUGUCAUCCGUGGUACGAUGCGCUACGGCGGCUUCCCCGAGCUGGUCCUCGCGCUGGUGCGUCUGGGCUUCCUUGACGAUGGAGAGACUGCCAAGGAGUGGCUCAAGACGGGCUCCACCCUCUCCUGGCCCUCUGUCGUCGCCAAGCUCAUUGGCGCACAGGGCGGCGACAAGGACAUGGCCGCUCUUCAAAAGGCGAUCGAGUCCAAGGUUAACUUCAAGUCGGAGUACGAGCGCUCCGCCGUCCUUCAGGGAAUGCGAUGGCUCGGCUUCUUUGACACAUCCGCCAAUGCUACCGUACGCGGCCUUCCCCAGCAGAUGAGCGCCGGCUUCGGCAACCCGCUCGACACGCUCUGCGCUACCCUGGAGCAGAAGUGCGCGUACGCUGACGGCGAGCGCGACAUGGUUAUGCUGCAGCAUCGCUUCGAGGUCACCACGAAGUCGGGCGAGCAGAAGGUCAUGACCUCCUCUCUGCUGGACUAUGGCCAUCCUAUGGGUCACUCGAGCAUGGCCAGGCUGGUGGGUGUGCCUUGCGGUGUCGCUACAAGGCUGUUGCUUGAGGGAGACAAGAGCGUGGCUAUGCCUGGAGGAGGCAUCUGGGUGCCUUACACCGAGGAGGCGUGCAAGCCUCUCAGGGACGAGUUGGCAAAGGAGGGCAUUGCGCUGCAGGAGAAGUGGGUCUAA